AUGUCCGCACGACCUCCUUCCAAAGUCGCCAUGCCUCCCCCAGCUCUCCCCUCAUACGCAACCGCCCCUACCCCUUCGGCCUCCGGUCUCGUCUCCACCCCGGCUCCCUUCAACCACCCCACCCCAUCAUCGUCUUCGGCCAACAAUGUCAAGCAGUUCAACGCCGCUUCGGCCAAGGCGCUCGUCGACGGUGAAGGGAACAUCCUGAACGGGGUCGAGGGUGCCGAAGGGGAUGUGGUCGAGACGGCCGAGGAGGUUGGGAAGAACGAGGUUGUUCCGAGCGUACCGGAGAUCACGGCUGUCCAGGGGAUCGUGCCGACUUUACAAAAUAUCGUCGCUACCGUGAACCUGGGGAUCAGGUUGGAUCUGAAGACGAUCGCGAUGCAUGCCAGAAACGCCGAAUACAAUCCCAAGCGAUUCGCCGCCGUUAUCAUGCGUAUCCGUGAUCCCAAGACCACGGCGCUCAUCUUCGCAUCAGGCAAGAUGGUCGUCACCGGAGCCAAAUCCGAAGACGACUCUCGUCUCGCCUCGCGCAAGUAUGCGAGGAUCAUCCAAAAGCUAGGGUUCGAUGCGAGGUUCCAAGAGUUCAAGAUCCAGAACAUCGUCGGGAGUUGUGAUGUCAAGUUCCCGAUCAGGUUGGAAGGGCUUGCUUUCGCCCAUCAAGCUUUCUCGAGUUAUGAACCCGAGUUGUUCCCCGGUCUCAUCUACCGUAUGAUCAAGCCCAAGGUCGUACUCCUGAUCUUCGUCUCUGGCAAGAUCGUCAUCACGGGGGCGAAGGUCAGGGAGGAGAUCUAUACGGCGUUCAACCAGAUCUAUACCGUCUUGGCGGAGUUCAAGAAGGAAUAG